UCAUGCGUGAAUCGAGUCGUCAGUUGAAGCAGUCUAUUUGUUUUUUCUCGUUUAAAAAUGUUGGGUAAAAAAUCUGCUAAGGAGAAGAAACGGCGGCAUUCACAGGGAGAGACUCGAGAAGCUGCCAGAAAACGCAGAAGCACAGAAUCCAGCGUCGAGGAUGUGAAGGAGUCUCCGGAGCUGCAGGGGGCAGAAGCUCCUGCAGUGGAGAAGCAGCAGCAGCAGCCGCAGCCGAGUGACGUGGAGGAGGGCGGUCUGGACCUCAGCGUGCCCUUCAAGCCCAUCAGUGCCUACAUAGCGGACCGCCAGGAGAUGCUGGAGCAGUGCUUCCAUGUGCUGGGCGAAAACAAGCUCAAGAACAUGCUUCCGGAUGAGCUAAAGGAUGUGCCAUUUGAUGAGAUAAAGAAACUCUGUGGGGAACAACUGGAGCAGCUUUCACCCAAUAAUCUUUUGGCCAUCCUGGAAGGUCGUGAAGUGACAGAGGCAGAGGCAGAGGCCGAACAGAAGAGCAGCAGUGCAGCUGACAGCCAGCAGGACAACAAUGUUGACUCAACGUCGUCGGUCAAGGACAACAGUGAUGGGGAGGAUACCAAGCAAGGUGGGUCAGGGGAGGAGAGUGACGUCCUGAGCAUUAACGCAGACGCUGACGACAGUGACAUCGAGGGGCCCAAAGAGGAGAAACCCCAGCACCAGCAGGAAGAGGAGGAGGAGGAGGAGAAGAUGGAGGAGUCCACAGUAGCAGCGGCUGAGGCAGCAGCGGAGGAGGAGGUGGUGAUGGUUCCCACUACAACUCCCCCAUCAGUAGAGGCAGAGGAAAAGAAAGAAGGAGGAGGAGGAGGAGGAGGAGGUGUGGAGGAGAAGAAGGGUGAAGAAGAGGAAGAGGAGGAGAAAGGCGUAGCAGAUGAAGAAGAAGAAGCACCUCGCUUGGAGCUCCAGAAGGACAUAGAACGCAGCGUCAGCGAGAUCCUCACUCUGUCCGCCCCCCUCGAACCCUCUGCACCACUCACACACCACCCCGCUCCACAUCCACAUCCACAUCCACAACCACAACCACAACCACAACCACGGCCACACCACCCCAGACCUGCUCACCCUAGCACAGCACACACAUCCCAGCACACACAGCCCCGCUCAUACACGCGAGGGCCUCCAGCUCCAGCCGCACAGAAGGCUAUCCCGGGGGCAGGGGCGGGGGCAGGGGCGGGGGCGGGAGGAGUGGUGGUGAAACAGCCGUCGGCGCAACAGCUGGAGCUGCUGGAACUGGAGAUGAGAGCCAGAGCCAUUAAAGCUCUGAUGAAGGCCAACGAUACCAAGAAACAGGCACUGGGAUCCUCAUGAUCUUGAAGCACUUAGACCAGAGAGAGUAGAGAGAGAGAGGUUCCAUUGGCCCAUUGUUUCCGGGUUCUAUUAUUGGGGGGGAAAUCCCCCUUUAGGCAGACCUAGGCAGACCUGAGGACUAUUCUAUUCAAUGCUAGGAGCAUUAUGACACGCCCCUUUAGGCAGACCGGAACCUGGUCACAUUAGGUGCCCAUAGAAACCUAUUAUGUUGGCAUAUCUCUAUACUUAAAGAAUCUCUGCUUAGACCAGGGGUGGGGAACCUAUGAGUGCGUUCCAAUGUGCGACCUUGCGUCCUCCACUUGGGGUUGUGGCCUCGUACCAGGAAGUAAUAUGUCAUGAUGACAUCACUGACAACAUCAUUAUAUUAUAUUUCAAUAUCUCGCAAAAGCUCAAUUGUAAAGUCAUUUUCUCAACACGAAGGUAAAGGAAGAAUAGUCCUCCAAAGAAGUGUUUUGGCUAGGCGGACAUCAGGGAAAUUGAAUUGUGUUCUCCACGGAGGCGGGGCAUCAGCAAAAUGUGAGGCCACAAGCCCAAGUGGAGGAUGCAAAGUGGCAUAUUGGAAUGCACCCUAUGUCUGGCCGUUUACGGCCCUUGAGGCCAUCUUAUCUGGCCCCCGAUGUAAUUUUUAUUUCAUGCAGUUUCACAUGUUUUGUAAAGAAAGGUUAAAAUUACAUUUGCAAUACAAUUCAGUUAUAUUUUCAAUGAAGGCCGCCAUUGAAGAUGGCCUCCUGCAAUACAGGCCUAAAUUGCAGGGGUCAUUUUUGGUUUGUGUUCAUAGUACGGCCCUUGGAGGACUUUAUAAAAUUUGAAGUGGCCCCUUUGAGUGAAAAAGGUUUCCCACCCCUGUAGUAGACUGACACCCUUGACUUGACCUUUGGCCAAUCCUGACUCGUUCCAAUCAGACUUCAUCAGUUUCCCAAAUUGAACAUAGUUGUAGGUUGUUUGUUUGUUUGACACUUGCAAACACUUGACCAACCUCAAACUACAGGGGAUGGGACACAUUGGGAAAUUGCUUUUUUUGGCAGAAAAAAACACAUUCAUUUCUGGAGAAACUCAUUGAAAAUGUUUCAUAGGCACACUGCAUCCAUGUUAACUACCAGUUAACAUUGAGUCCUAUGAGACCAGUUAGCCGCGAGCUGGUCUCAUAGGACUCAAUGUUAACUGCUAGCAUGGAGGUAAAAUUUGCACUGCCAUACCCCGAGAACGGUUGAAAGUACAGGAGAACGGUAAAACCCUAUUAUUUAACUCAAGGGGAGGUGUAAAAUAAGCUUAUUUCCAAAAAUGGGACAGUAUCACUUUAAUGCCGGUGGGCAUAAGACAAAGCAUUGACACUUCUCAUUUUGGAGUGCCUACAGGACACCCAGUAAGUUAUACCCCUUGCCUACAACAGCCAGGAGCAGAUCAAGAUGGCCAGGGGGCCCUAGGCUACAGGUUACUGUGAGCUUAUGCUGUACGAAUGCAGGAAGAUGGCCAGUUUUAUUUCUAUUCAUUUUUAUUAUUUUUUUAAUAGAACAACAGCAAAUUAAAUGAGCUUUAGCUACAGUAACAACAUUUUCGUUCCAGCCAAUGGAAAAAAGCAAUGUGUUGAAAGAUUUUAAUUUUUUAAUUUUUAUUUUAUUACACAAUGAUUAACAUGAUUAGCGCAGAGGUGUGAGGAGCUUGCUGUAUUUGACCAUAGAAUGCAGCUUUUCACUUUAUGAUGGAGUGAUUAAAACUAACAACGGAGCUUUCCUUUUGAAAGAGUUUUAAGUUGCCUUAAGUGUAUCUUUUUGAGAAUUGAACGAGUUGUUUAUGUACAGAGGUUUGUUAUUUAUUUUAUGUAUUCAGAUCGGUUUUCAUUUUUUGUUUGUAAUGUUCAUACACACUAUGUGUUGUGGAGAAAGUGGCUGUAAAUAUGUUUGUUCAUUCAUCAUUGCUGUUUAGAUUGAUUCU